CGGUAGCCCAUGGACAGUGAAUUUGGACCGUCGAUUAAUUACCAGAAACCAGAGAGAAGAGUAGGGUUGAGGAGAUACAUAGGGAAACCGAGAUGGGAGGGAAAGGAAGGAGGAGAAGAGAGAAGAACUACUUAGCCGCUCAUGGAGGGCGAACUCGUUUUCCGCCGCCACCUGACCCCUCUCAACUCGACGCUCUUCCCUCUAAACUGCGGCAAAUCAUGUCCUUUACUUCUCAUCUACGCGAAGGAUCUGCUGAACCUUCCAAGCGUGACGAAGGGAAGAAGAAACGGAGAUGUGGUGAUGGCGAAAAAAAAAUUCCUCUGGAGGAUGCUAUUGCCUCAGAACCUACAUUAGAUCAAAGUGAUGAUGGCAUACCUCAACAUUCAGAUAAUGAUGAUGAUAAUGAGAUUGUGCAUCAAAGUGGAGAUGGAAAGAAAAAGAAAAAAAGAAAGAGAAAACAGGUCACUGACCUUCGGUUUGAAGCAUCAAUAGACAAGACAAAAACCAAUGAGAAAAGGCGAGAGCGCAAGAAAAAGUAUUUAGAAGCAAAGAAGAAGAAACAACAAAAGUCUAGAACCAAAGAGAAUUUGGAUUUUCCUGGACCUGAACAGAUAAAAUUUGGAGAUGUUGUCCAAGCUCCACCAAAACUACUUGCGUUUCCUAAGGCACUGAAGAAUGUCCCAGAUGCUUCACAAGAAAGGGUUCGGUUACAGGCUGUUGAGGCAUACAGGAAGCGCAGAGGAUGGACCUCCAGACCAGGGCUUCAGCUUCCUGCUGUUACUACAACACCAUCUUUGUAAUUGGUCAGCGCUAAAUGCAUAUUCAUAUUUUGUAGGACCAAUGCUCAAAAUGCUGUUCAUGAUGAGUGAUAUCUUUGAGUGGCAGUUCACUCUGCUUCAAUUUUGUUGUUAGUUUGGAAGGAGAACGAUUUCAUAAUAUGAAUAGAUCCCCAUUCUUCUCAUCAUUA